AACCGGCUCGAGGGUCAGAAGUUGAGGUCAACUUUCCGCGGCCUGACUAGUUCUAAACUCCACUGCACCGUCGUUGAGGCUGAAUCUGCUGCGGGUUUGAGUGCUUGCGUUGUUCGUGCGCUUCGUUGGGCUGUGCAAAAGGUUUGCUGCAAUAUAAUCAACUCCUAUCUAGCACGGAACAAAUUGCCCUGAGCUGGAACUGGAGGGAUCGACGGUAAACCUGGAUUCAAUUCACUUUUGCACUUUUAGGAACCAAUUCGGGCAAGACGAUGCAUCUCCCCAUCGACUGGUGUCAAAUGUGAGCAACAUCACACCAAGUCCUUUUGUUCCCUCCAUCUUCGCUUCCAGCUUCCAGGAACUCGGCACCCACCGUUUCACAUCUUGUUCCCCGAGAAUUCUUGCAGACGAGACUGUUGGAUCUAUCAAUAUAUUAAACGGCUUCAAAGCCUCCUUUUCCUCAUCCGGUGCCAGCUAGGCAGCACAUACAAACAAUGAACAACCCCAAUGGGACAACUACAAUGGGACAUGAUAGCACCAUGGCCCAGAGUAAUGGAUAUGGGAGCGAUGCCUGGACAAGCAUGAGCCCUUACAGUCAGAGCCCAUAUAGCGCAAGUCCCUUGACUGAAUAUCCAUCCUUUGGCGCCUUUGUCAGUCAUGGACUGCCCUCGGAAUCAUUAAAUCGAAUGCCUCCUCCACCACCGCAAACACAUCAGAUGAUACAGCCAUCCCCAACUCCUAUGGCUCAUCAUCAACUCCCCCUUCUGAAUACAACUUGGCCGAGCCAGCUGACAAACCCGGCUCCGCCACAGAGUUACUCGGCACCACCAUUAUCAAUGACACCUGCUACCAGCGCACCGCCCGUGGAACCCCCUAGGUUACCGACACAGCACGAGAAAUCGAGGAAGACUCUUACCACGGAACAGAAACGAGCCAUGUGCCAAUUCCAUGAAGAUAACCCUGGUACCCGACAAGCCGAUAUUGGAGCCCGAUUCGGCGUUGAAAGAAGCACGGUUUCGAAGGUUUUGAGGCAUAAAGAUCAGUAUUUAAAGCGAGACCAAGAGCCAGAAAAUGCCGCUGUCAAGCGUGGCAAGGGCAAGCAUCCAGAUUUCGACCGGACACUCAGCAACUACGUCAGGAGACAGCAACAACGAGGAUUCCAAGUCAGCGACGAGGAGAUUAUGGAACAGGCGAGGCUUUUUGCUCAUGCGAGUGGAAACCAGGAGAGUGUCUUGAACAAUUUGAAUAGCAGCUGGCUGCAGAAAUUUAAACAAAAGCAUGGAAUUGGACCAGGCAAGUUGAUGCGGCGGGCUUCAGAGGCAAACAUUCCGGAUAGUGCAAGACUCUCGACACUUGCCUCGAAGUCGAGCGAUUUAUCGCCUUCGCCAACGGGCCAGCUUUCACCCCUUUCAGGAAGUCGGAGCGAUGAGGAGGCACACGCUGAUGGAAUAGACUUUGACUUCGGGUAUAAGCAUCCCGAGUCCCAGUCAACAACUUCACUUUCGAGCGACUUUCGAGAUAACACGGCCUCUUCAUUCUCAGCUGGCACCAUGAGCCCGACUGGAACUUUCACUUUCUCUCCCGACCCCAAUGUAGGAGGUUUCCCUAUGGAUCAACUUCGAGGUACCGACUUCCAGCACAGAGAGAAGAGAAGCAACACAUUCCCGUCACUCAACAUUGACUACGUGAAUCAAGUCUCAUCGUCAACGGAACCAAUGACUCCUCGCCACCCUCCAUCUUCGACCGCACCGUCGUCGGCUUUAGAAUCGCCGCAGCAUGAACUUCAGGCGCCGUUUAGUAUCGAUACCAACGUCAACUCACCCCCUCCAAUGCUGCGCCGCAGUAGCAGCAACUCAAGUAUAAAUCGAUCCACAGCAGCGACAAGUGCUACUUCAUCCACACCUGUCGAUUCAUCUCCAGUCUCGCCCUCCCAGGAGGACGCCCGCCGGGCUGCACAGACACUCCUGAAUUACAUCCAGACUGCUGGCACUUUCGAUUCCAACGAUUAUAUGUCAAUCGUUCAGCUGACCAAAAAGCUCAAGAUCCACCAAGGUAGACCGUCGAUAGGAGGACUGUCUCGAAUCCCGGAAGGCGAUGUUGAAGCCCCUGUCCUCCUGCCGACGAAGAUGGAAUCGGCUUGAAGUCGGGCCAUACUCAUAGCAUUGACUGUGUGUUUCUUUUUCGUACCUAUGUCUUAUCAAUCAAGUCUCUUUUCAAAUGGGAUUUCCCCGAGGGCAUAAGGGGGCUUAGAAUACCGUGGUUGGGGCCAUUUUGGGUCAGCGUCCUGCUCACGCGGGUAACGGACUAUAAGAGCAUUCAAAAUCUGAUGGCAUUGGCCACGAUUUGAAGUGUUUGUUGAGUCUGUUUUGCAUUUCCAACCGCACUUUGG